CCUCUAUCUCUGCCGCAGAGAUUCCUCUAGCAACCAAUUUUCAAAGCCCUUCGCAAAUCUUCGUUCCUCCUUUCCUUUGGUUUGUGAUUUUGUUAUAUAAAUAAGGUCCUGGCUGUCAGAUCCAGACGCCCUUUUGAUCUUAUCUAGAUAGGUAUAGGAAGUUGCAGUCUGUUUGGUCUUUCUGUUGUAGUUGAAGCUUUCAUUCAGGAUUUCAAGGUUUAGGAGGGAAUGGAGAGUGGGGUUGCGGAGAAGCAGUCUUCGUACACUUAUUGGGUCAGGCAAGCAAAAGAAGACGCUGCUCCAAUCCCCGUUCCACGCAAGCUCUCUGCUGAUGACAUAUCUAUGCAAUCGCAGCCCAGCGCCUUAGGAUCUGUAUGGAAUCGAGCAGGAACUUGGGAAGAGAAAAAUCUUAAUACAUGGGCAAGCAGUAGGAUAAAGGAAUUGCUUACUUCUAUGAGUUCCUUAGAAUUCUCUUGUGGCAAUGCUGAAAUUUCAGAAAUAACAAAGUGUGUAGGCGAUGCAUUCUUGGUUACUGUCCGGAACAAGAAACGAGUUGGCUACACUUUUGAAUUAACAUUGAAAUUCAAAGGUGAGUGGUUAAUCAGAGAGGAGAAAAAGAAGAUAAAGGGUGACAUAGACAUACCGGAGUUCUCAUUUGGUGAACUGGAUGACUUGCAGAUGGAAGUGAAAGUUGGUGAAGGUACGGAUCUUGUUCAGCAAGAUACGACACAAAUUUCUAAGGACUUGAGGAGGUUUCUUGAGCCCAUUCGUGAGAAAUUGCUUCAAUUUGAACAGGAGCUCAAAGACAGAUAGAAGGGCCAAUUUUUUUUAUUUUUUUUCGAUUUCCAAACAUGACUGUACACUAUCAUGAACUUCUCUCUCUCCCUCUCUCCCUCUCUUCCUUGAGGCCUAAAUUCAUCCCAACAGUUACUAGAUGGUUGAUACUAACUUAUAAACUCAUAAACUACGUCCUUGAACACGUGAUGGAACAUAGGUUUGUGUGGAAGCAAAGCUUCUUCUCUAUAACUCUGUUCACUGUUUUCAGACAUCAAAAUUCGGUGGUUGAUUACGAAUUGACAAAGUGCAUGGUGGUGGAAUUAUGCA